GUGAUCUUAAAGUCAAAGCGACUUCAGACACUCGCAGACGUGAAUAAUCUUGUAGUGAAAGACUCUUUGGAAAGGCGGACAACCAAUCCCGUCCCUGCAGUCUCUGUUUUGGAGGAAGUAGCCGCAUGUUAGCCUCCAAGCUAACACCCUGCAGCCUGUUGAACCGCUGCGACCAUCCUGACGUUCUUGUAACUGUAGUUUUCACUCUGAGACCUCUGCAAGUGAAUUCAUUGACAUCAGUACCUCCCAUGAAGACGAAUAAAUCCUACAAACUAGUGCUGCACAAGAAAGGGUUCGGCGGAAGCGAUGAUGAGUUGGUUGUCAACCCAAAGAUCUUCCCCCAGGUUAACAUAGGAGAUGUCAUCGAGAUUGCACAUCCCUCAGAUGAAUACAGCCCUCUCCUGCUACAAGUGAAGAGCCUGAAAGAAGACCUCCAGAAAGAGACCAUCAGUGUAGAUCAGACUGUAGCCCAAGCCUUCAAACUGCGUGCGUACCAGGAUGUCAUAGUCAACAUUGUUGAUCCAAAGGAUGUGACACUGGAUCUGGUGGAGCUGACAUUUAAGGACCAGUACAUCGGCAGAGGGGACAUGUGGCGAUUAAAGAAAAGCUUGGUGAGCACGUGUGCUUACGUGACUCAGAAGGUUGAAUUUGCUGGAAUCAGAGCGCAGGCCAGUGAGCUGUGGGUGAAAGGGGAGAAGGUGACCUGUGGUUACAUCAGUGAAGAGACCAGAGUGGUGUUCAGAUCCACGUCUGCCAUGGUGUACAUCUUCAUCCAGAUGAGCUGUGAGAUGUGGGACUUUGACAUCUAUGGUGAUCUCUACUUUGAGAAGGCUGUCAACGGUUUCCUCUCUGACCUUUUUGCCAAGUGGAAGGAGAAGAACUGCAGUCAUGAAGUGACCGUCGUAUUAUUCUCACGAACAUUCUACAGUGCAAAAUCUCUCGAGGAGUUUCCUGAGAUUCUGAAAGGUUCCAUAAGACAGGAUCAUGAAGGACACUUCUAUGAAGACUUCUACAGAGUUGUGGCACAGAAUGAGAGACGGGAUGAGUGGACGUCACUGCUGGUCACCAUCAAAAAGCUUUUCAUCCAGUAUCCAGUUCUGGUGCGGCUAAAGGAAGCAGAUGGUUUUCCUCUGGGUUAUAACUCCACUGCUGCUCAGGGAAACUACCUCGAAGCCAUUAACCUUUCUUUUAAUGUUUUUGACAAGCACUACAUAAACCGUAACUUUGACCGCACGGGACAGAUGUCGGUGGUCAUUACACCUGGAGUGGGAGUGUUUGAGGUUGACCGCCUGCUCAUGAUUCUCACCAAACAACGUAUGAUUGACAACGGCAUUGGUGUUGACCUGGUGUGUAUGGGAGAGCAGCCACUGCAUGCUGUCCCGUUAUUUAAGCUGCACAAUAGGACAACAACCCCGGGAGACUCUCGUGUUGGAGACGACUACAACCUUCCUCACUGGAUUAACCACAGCUUCUACACCUCAAACAGUCAAAGGUGUUGUGGCUCCUUCACCCCACGAAUCAAACUGGCUGGUCGAAAGAUUCAUGCAGAAAAGUUUAAGGGCAGCAAAGAUCACACGCUGUGUGCCCCUAAGGACUCGGACAACAGUCUGCCCAUUCAGGUGGACUAUGAUGCCUAUGAUGCUCAGGUGUUCAGACUCCCAGGUCCUUCACGGAUCCAGCGGAGCACCAUCUACAGGAUGGGGCGAGACAAAGACACAAGCGGGAGGAAGAGCAUGGGCUCUGUGGACAUCAGUGCAUCUUCUCCUGUGCGCUCGGGUGGUCUGGAGGAGCAGCGGAGCCUGGCCUCCGAUGACAGUCUGGGUCCUGUGUCCAACAUGCUGCUCAUACCACGCGCCCCUGCACUCCACUAUGAAGUCAGCAGCUCUCUGGGAUACACGAGCACCAGAGAGUUCUUGGAGAAGGUGGUGGACUCUCAGCGCGACUCCAGCGCUCCGGGCCGGUUCACCGUGGGAAGUGCAGAGUCCACGUUACACAUCCGCCCUGGAGGUUACACUCCUCAGAGAGCACUCAUAAACCCCUUCACACCAUCCAGGAUGCCCAUGAAGCUCACCUCCAACCGCAGACGAUGGAUGCACACCUUCCCUGUAGGACCUUCUGGAGAGCCGAUCCAGAUCCACCAUCAGACGAGACAGAACAUGGCGGAGCUGCAGGGCAGCCAGCAGAAGGAUCCCGCGCACACCUCUGCUGAGCUGCUGGAGCUGGCUUAUCACGAGGCCACUGGGAGGAGAACAACAUCCCGCCAAGCAGGAGAGAUUUACAGCUCCGGGAAUGCAGAGGAGUUCACUGGAAGUCCGGGCAGCAGCAGCGGCGGCGGGCCGCUGACCACUCGCAGCUCCUCCUUUCAAGAUUGUCCCACUGGUGGAUCAGAUCCAAUCCUGCUGCUGUCUGCGCCCCCGACAGUGCCCAGCUUCUGCUGCACAGUGGGGGUGGACUGGAAGUCCCUGACCACACCGGCCUGCCUCCCCCUCACCACUGACUACUUCCCCGACCGGCAGACCCUGCAGAACGACUACACAGAAGGCUGCUACGACCUGCUGCCGCACAGUGACCUCGAACGGCGAGAGGAUGAAGCUCCGGUGAUGAGCGCGUCUCAGGUGUUUGAGGAGUUCAUCUGUCAAAGGUUGAUGCAGGGAUAUCAAAUCAUCGUCCAGCCCAAUAACAGGAAGCCCCCCCCAACGGCUGCCACGCCCCUGGGCAGCAGUCCUCUUUAUACCAGGGGUUUGGUGUCCAUGCGGCGAGCGGAGGAGGAGGAAACGGUGUUCUGGCUCAGCAUGGGCCGGACCUUCCACAAAGUCUGCCUCAAAGACAAGAUCAUCACAGUGACUCGAUACCUGCCGAAGUACCCAUGCGAGUCCGCUCAGAUCCAGUACAGCUACAGCCUCUGUCCGCCACACGCCGACGCUCAGUUUAUUUCCUGUUGGGUUGAGUUUGGACAUGAGAGGCUGGAAGAAUACAAGUGGAACUACCUCGACCAGUACAUCUGCUCUGCUGGGUCGGAGGACUUCAGCCUGAUUGACUCGCUAAAGUUCUGGAGGACUCGCUUUUUGCUGCUCCCGGCUGGCGGAGCUCGGCGGGUGGCGGACGGAGAAGGGCAUUGGGAUGUAUAUGGAGAGGGAGCAGGUGCAGGAGUGGGAAGCAGCGGGGAAUGGGUCCUGCUGGAUGGAUUUAUUCGUUUCCUGGAGGGCCUCAAUAGAAUUAGAAGACGUCACCGCUCUGAUCGGAUCAUCAGGCAGAAGGGGACACCAAUGAAAAGUCUGCAAGUUAGCAGCCCUCUGUCCUCAUACCCAAGCGAGCCUGUGGCGCCUCCACAGGGAAAGAGGGGUACUUCAGCUUUAUCAGCCCUACUGGAAAUGGAGCAGAGCCAGAAGACCCUGGAGGAGCACUCCAAGCCUCCUGCAGCCCCCAGCGACGCCUCCUGCGUCUCCACGGUGCCUUCUUACAUAGACAGUCCUCGCAAAGACGCUGCCUUUAUUUUGGAUUUUAUUCGUAGCCCCCGCUCCUCCUACGUCUAUCACUCUCAGCUGCCUGCUGAAACCACUGAAGCUGCUGAAAAGCUCGGACCGUCCGGAGCAGCAGCAGCUUCAGUCCCGCCUGCAGGAGAUGCUGCAUCCAGCAGCACGGACACCAGUGGGCAAACCGCUGCAGGAACCCACUAUCUGUCGUCUUCUUCAACCUUGAUGGAGAUCCUCGAGGCCAUCAAACACCCAACGACAGGCGUGCAGCUACUCCCUGAGCAGAAGGGUCUGCCCCUCCACUGCUUCAUCAGUUCAGAGGUUGUUCAUUGGCUGGUCAACAACGUGGAGGGUGUGGCCACACAGGGGAUGGCUGUGGAUGUCAUGCAGAAAAUGCUGGACGAAGGCUUGGUGGCUCAUGCUUCAGGAGACGCCAUGCGCACCUUUGUCUAUGGUUUCUACUUCUACAGGAUCGUAGGCGAAAAGGACGGCCUGAGCGCUCAGCUCCCGGCUGCAGCGGCAGCAGGAGGAUGGUCCACUGCAGUCCUGGAAGACUUUGCUCUGUUCCAGAGGAAAUGGUUUGAGGUCGCCUUCGUGCUGGAGGAGCGGCGGCCUUCAGACCUGCCGGCUUUCCUCUUGCCCUGGCUUCCAAGUCGGCCAGCCUCCUAUGCUAGUAGGCACAGCUCCUUCAGCCGCAGCUUUGGAGGACGCAGCCAGGCCGCCGCACUGCUAGCUGCCACCGUCCCAGAGCAGAAGACAGUCACUCUGGACGUGGACGUCAAUAACCGCAGUGACCGGACCGAGUGGUGCAGCUGUUAUUACCACGGCAACUUUUCCCUGAACGCCGCCUUUGAAAUCAAGCUUCACUGGAUGGCUGUGACGGCAGCAGUGCUCUUUGAGAUGGUUCAGGGCUGGCACAGGAAAGCGGCCUCCUGUGGCUUCCUGUUGGUUCCCGUUCUGGAGGUUCCUUUUGCUCUGACCACCUACCUGUAUGGAGACCCGCUGAGAGCUCACCUCUUCAUCCCCCUUUGCAUCCAGUGCUUGCUAAAGAACAGCAGCGACAGCCUGUUUGAAGGUUUUGAGCCAGAGACAUACUGGGACAGGAUGCAGCUCUUUCAGGAGGCCAUACUUUACAGGUUUGGUUUUGUUCAAGACAAGUUUUCUGCGUCUGGCUUUAACUUCCCCUCAGAGAACAAGCCUCAGUACAUCCACGUCACAGGCACCGUGUUCCUGCAGCUGCCCUACUCCAAGAGGAAGUACUCCAGCGGGCAGCAGCGCAGGCGCAGGAACUCCACCACCUCCAACAGCCAGGGCCCUUUCGGGGGGGAGGACAGGGUGGGCUUUUACUGGGCGUACAACACCAUGCUGACCAAAGCCUGGAGGACUGGACUGCUGGGAGACGAGAGGCUGGCUGACCGCCUGCUCAGAGACUUCACCGACUUCUGUGCAAACAAGGACAAGAGGCUGCAGAGCUUCUGGGACAGCUGUCAGGAGAAAAUGAAUGCCAGCGCCCCCUAGUGGGGUUGAUGUGAACUCCACGUGGAGCAGCUCAAGUUCUGUACUUUUUGAGAGUAGUGGGUGAAAGAAGUGGGUCUGGUUUUCUUUGGAAUCUCACAGAAACACACAAAUACUUCUUUUCUGUGAGUGACAUUGUUUAACCUCCCUAAUCUAAUUUAGAGGAACCCACUGCUCAGUUUACCAGCAGACAGUCACCUGAUGCAAUCUUAAUGUUUCCCUGUGUUUACAGAUGUCAGUAUUAUCGGGUUUUGCAGCGUUUUCUUGUCGCUUUUCUUCUCUGAAAGACAAUCAGCUAUGAUUAAAGCGAGAGAAACGAAGGUUUGAUGGAAACAUCAUCCAAGCAGUGGAACAA